CCAUUUUCUGGCUGUUACGUAUUAACUGUAUAUUGUUAAACGCAGCUUGAAGAAGAUAAACAUUGAUGGUAAUUUCCUGAGUGGCAGUUUGGCACUUCUUAAUGAGCAACACACAGAUGCCUGGGCACAGCAGAGCGGGGAAGCAGUGCAACUCCGCGGCAGAGAGGAACAAAGAGCCCAUACUGAGAGUGCUGAAGAAGCACAUCGCACCUCCCCGCGAGACCCGGGACGGGCCGAGCGCUCUGUGCCUGGAGAUAUCGUCAGGGUCCGGCCAGCACGUGGUCCACUUCGCCCGUCACUUCCCGCACGUGCUGUGGCAACCCUCCGAGUACGACGCGAGGCAGUUUGGCAGCAUCGCCGCAUACGUGCAAGAGUCGGGCCUCGCCAACGUCCUGCCGCCCAUCCGCGUCGACGUCUGCGACGACUUCUUCCGCUGGGGCGGCGACGGCCGGUUCAAAGAGGACUCCGUGGACUUCGUCGUCAACAUCAACAUGAUGCACAUAUCUCCCUUUGCGUGCACGCAGGGACUAUUCCGCAACUGUGGCAAGAUCUUGAAGCCCGGCGGGAUCCUCUUCACUUAUGGCCCUUAUUCAAUAAAUGGGGAAAUAACUCCCGCCUCAAAUGUUAAAUUUAACGCAAUGCUCCGUCGGGAGAAUCCAGAAUGGGGUCUCAGAGAUGUUCAGAAAGAUAUCAUCCCACUCGCUCUGAAGAAUAAUUUGUCUUUGGUGGAAGUGAUAGACAUGCCAGCCAAUAAUAAAGUAUUAGUGUGGAAGAAGAAUGAGACAUCAUAGAUGUUUUUUAUUGUAUCUGACUUAACUGGUUCACUGAUAUGCAAAAUGUGUCUUAGUAGAAUGCUUCAUUAUUCUUGACAUUAAUAUCACUUGAGUGCCAGAUUUGAGUCUGCAAUCGUUUUGGAUUUCGCAUAAGCUUAGAGCAUCAAAAAAUUUGGAAUCAUCUUGCACUCAGGUACCUACUAUGAAAGAUUCACAUUGUUCAUAUUUAUAUUUGCCUGCCACUUAAGUUAAAGCUUAACUAUAUCACAGACUAUUUAUUUUAGUAAUAUCAUUGAUAACUGGUAGAAAUUAAACUAAGUAAACUCUACAUGUGUUUCCAUUAUUAAUUAAGCGUAUACACACUCUUAACAAUACACACAAACUAUAUCAGAUGCAUGUUUUUUAUUCUUCAAAAUAUCGUAGAUAAAACAUGAUGGGAAAUGUGAAAAAGAGAUGCAAAUGGAAUACAAAUACAUUUAGCACUCUAUAGUUAUUCCCUACGAACUAUUUUAUGCAGACACAUAGCAUUCUGGCUGUCUCGCUUCAUAUCUGUGAUAACACCAAAAUCAUAGUGUGAACAAAAACAUGCUGAAACGUUACACAUAUAAGACGCAGGCAGGCCUGUCUGAUCCCUACUACCGCGGUCUUUACCCGCACCAAACCAACAUUGCGUCUGGCCGACUUCACAUGAAGGGCGUUAGCCUCGCUUCUCGCUUGCUAAGUUGUGUAGCCGUACUCAGCGGUAAAAUAAAUUGCUAAAAAUAAAGAGUAUUUUUUUGAGACAGUUUUUCCAAAAGCAUUUACCAUUGUGCAUGUGCGAGUGCGUGCGGAUCCCAAAAACAUACAAGACGAUUCUGAGCAAACAGGUAUAUCUACCGACAAUUAGUAAAAAUCUAUUUGCUUUUGAUCCUUGAUACACAUUUAAUUUGCUUACAUUACCUUCCUAGUGGCAUUAGGAGAGAAAAAUUUAAUUACUAGAGUUUUACCAAAUCACUUGCCAAACCUUAAAAUUCAUCUUAUGACAUAUUAGCUUUUUGCUGCCGUAUUGCAGUAAAUAAAAACUUUACCUUUGGAGGAACAGAACCUAAAAAAUUUUAUGGAGUUUGUUUGGUUAGUUUCUUCACAAUGACGAGUUUAUUUUACGGCUGCGCUGACCGGGCAACAUUCCAGAUCUCUAUGUUACAUCACAUGCUUGUAGCCAAUGAAUGUGUAGUGUGCGGGAAUGGCCUCCCUUAUAUACUUUACUUACCUUUUGGAAGACUUUUGUUUGGGAUCUGGAAUUAAACGUAGGGUUUGUGUAUCAUGGUAACAUUCAUGAUAGGUACUUUAGUUGCACGUGGUUAUAUUAAAUAAUGUUGAUAUAAUUUUUACAGGUGAAUUUUAGUUGUAUUUCGUGAAACCAAAAAUUUUUGCUGUUUUGUCACAAAUUAAGGUAAGUUUUGGUUUCUAUCACGAGUUGUGAAAUUCUGCUCCAAGCCAUUGGUAAUUCGGCUUGAUCAGCUUGCUGCAGUCAUAGUUUUUAACUGUAGCUAUGCUUACGAGUUUCAGACAAAGACGAAUACUUAAGUUUGUGAUGUAAAGAUUAAAAAAAAAACUUUGUAAUGUAAAGAUUUAAAAAAAACUGUCACUAAAAUUUCUUAACACUUUUUUGAGCAGAAUAUUUUUACUUUUCACAAUCGACUUGAAAUCAAAAUAAUACAACAGUAGUUGUUCUAAUAUCAUAUCUCGUAUUAAAAGAACACAAGCUCUACCAGUAUCUAAAAUAAAAUAAAAAUUUGAAAAUCAGUUCACAAUCAAAUGUAAGACAAUAAAUUGAUAUGAGUUUUUACUCACAACACUAGUUAUAGGUUUGUUAGCAGAAAUAAAAACAAGAAUUCUUAGUUUUCAAGAUUUUAUCUGAAAA